GAAGACGUUGGUUCUCGACUACUUUGAUCUUUCCCUUGCAGGGCGCCUCCCUCUCUCUCUUUCAUUUGCCUCUGCGUGAACGGAAUCCGACUAAAGGAUUGACGUUUUCUGCUCGAAAUCCGGGAAUUCCGGUUAUCUGCGUCUGCCGUAGCGGCCUACGUCACGUGCUACUGUCGAUUUGGGGAUUCCGAUUACGUCAUUUCCUUUUUCCUUCUGAAACUGUUUCUCGAGUCCCGAAGCGGUUAUUCUGAAAUGAAGAAAGAGGAUACAGUGAAGCUCAUUAGCGCCGAGGGCUUCGAAUUCAUCAUCGACAGGAAGGCCGCCCUUGUCUCCAACACGCUCAGAAACAUGCUCACGUCUUCAGGUAGUUUUACGGAGACUCAGCUCGGCGAGGUCAGGUUCCCGGAUAUCAGCACGCCCGUUCUGGAGAAGGUCUGCCAAUACUUUUAUUGGUCGUUGCAGUAUGCAAGUGGGAAGGAGACGGAGUUUCACAUUGAGCCUGAGAUAACUUUGGAGUUGAUGAUGGCGGCUAAUUAUCUCCAUACAUGACAUUCUAGUUCUGUGAUCUGUGAUUUUCCCGUGCAAUAAUUGUGUCGGUGUCAGGGUACUGAUAUCUCAGGGUGGAACAGUUCUGAUGGCUGCUUUAUGAAUGACUCAGUCAUAAUCCAUCUGUGUCUCUCGGAUUGUAAAAUUUGUCUUACUAAUGAUGUGAAGUCCUAGGGUUGUCCUGUAAAACUUUGUUGUUGUAUUCUAUCAAGCGUUUCAUGAUCCA